CCGCGGAGCCGCGCGGUCCCUGCAGCGGGGAUUUGGGGAAGGGAGGCUUCCCGGGCGAAGGGCCUCGGUCAGGCUUUGGACGCGGAGGAAGGAAGGGGAGGCGAGGGCAUAACAUGGCGCAACAUUAGGAUAAUCUCCACGGCGGCCGCGGGAGGACGAGCCCAUUGCUGCAGCAGCGGGAGGAGGGAAGCGGCCAGGGCUUGGAAGAGGAGGCGGUAGACGCGGCCAGAGAAGAUGUCGGGCCAAACGCUCACGGAUCGGAUCGCCGCGGCUCAGUACAGCGUGACGGGCUCCGCUGUGGCCAGGGCGGUCUGCAAAGCCACCACUCAUGAAGUGAUGGGCCCCAAGAAAAAGCACCUGGACUAUUUGAUCCAGGCUACCAAUGAGACCAAUGUUAAUAUUCCUCAGAUGGCCGACACGCUCUUUGAACGAGCAACAAACAGUAGCUGGGUGGUUGUAUUUAAAGCUUUAGUCACAACACAUCAUCUCAUGGUGCAUGGGAAUGAGAGAUUUAUUCAGUAUUUGGCUUCUAGAAAUACACUAUUCAAUCUCAGCAAUUUUUUGGACAAAAGUGGAUCCCAUGGUUAUGAUAUGUCUACCUUCAUAAGGCGCUAUAGUAGGUAUUUAAAUGAAAAGGCUUUCUCUUACCGACAGAUGGCAUUUGACUUUGCCAGGGUGAAGAAAGGGGCGGAUGGUGUAAUGAGAACAAUGGUUCCAGAAAAGCUACUAAAGAGUAUGCCAAUUCUGCAGGGACAAAUCGAUGCACUGCUUGAAUUUGAUGUGCAUCCAAAUGAGCUAACAAAUGGUGUCAUAAAUGCUGCAUUUAUGCUUCUUUUCAAAGAUCUUAUCAAACUUUUUGCUUGCUACAAUGAUGGCGUUAUUAACCUACUUGGUAAGAUUUUUGAAAACAUUUACACAGAACACACAUUUUAUCAAAAUGCUGUCUCUUCAGCUUUGAUCCUUACAGCUUUUACUUUUUAUUUUCUUAAUCCACAGCAAGUUGGCAUUGAUAAAGGUGACAUUCCUGACCUCACACAGGCUCCCAGCAGUCUUAUGGAGACCCUUGAACAGCAUCUAAAUACAUUAGAAGGAAAGAAACCUGGAAACAAUGAAGGAUCUGGUGCUCCCUCUCCAUUAAGUAAGUCUUCUCCAGCCACAACUGUUACAUCUCCUAAUUCUACACCAGCUAAAACUAUUGACACAUCCCCACCGGUUGAUUUAUUUGCAACUCCAUCCGCGGCUGUCCCUGUCAGCACUUCUAAACCGUCGAGCGAUCUCCUGGACCUCCAGCCAGACUUCACCUCUGGCGGGGCGGCAGCAGCCGCGGCACCAGCACCAGCACCACCUUCUGGAGGAGCCACUGCAUGGGGAGACCUUUUGGGAGAGGACUCUCUGGCUACACUUUCCUCUGCUCCCUCUGAAGCACAGAUUUCAGAUCCCUUUGCAUCAGAACCCACCCCUCCUACUACAGCUGCUGAAAUUGCAACUGCUUCAGCUUCUGCCUCAACUACUACAACUGUUACUGCUGUCACUGCUGAAGUGGAUCUCUUCGGAGAUGCCUUUGCAGCUUCUCCCGGGGAGGCCCCUGCAGCAUCCGAAGGGGCCGCCGCCGCAGCCACCCCAACCCCUGUAGCCGCGGCACUUGAUGCAUGUUCAGGAAAUGACCCCUUUGCCCCGUCCGAAGGUAGUGCAGAGGCUGCACCCGAGCUGGACCUCUUUGCAAUGAAGCCACCUGAGACCAGUGUUCCUGUAGUUACCCCUACAGCUAGCACAGCCCCUCCGGUUCCUGCCACCGCUCCUUCUCCUGCUCCCGCCAUUGCAGCGGCCACUGCUGCUACUACCGCUGCUACCACCGCCACCGCCGCCACCGCCACCACCUCCGCCGCCACCACCACCACCACCACCGCUCCUCCUGCUCUAGAUAUCUUUGGUGAUUUAUUUGAGUCUGCUCCUGAAGUCGCUGCAGCGCCCAAGCCGGAUGCUGCUCCUAGCAUAGACCUGUUCGGUACAGAUGCUUUCUCCUCUCCACCACAAGGGGCCUCUCCUGUGCCUGAGAGCUCUCUCACCGCUGACCUCUUAUCGGUGGAUACGUUUGCAUCACCGGCUCCUGCAACCACUGCCUCUCCUGCAAAAGUGGAUUCUUCCGGUGUGAUAGACCUUUUUGGGGAUGCAUUUGGAACUAGUGCUUCUGAACCCCAACCUGCACCUCAGGCUGCUUCUAGUUCAUCAGCAUCGGCAGACCUACUAGCUGGAUUUGGGGGUUCCUUCAUGGCCCCUUCUCCAUCACCAGUGACUCCAGCCCAGAAUAACCUGCUACAGCCCAAUUUUGAGGCAGCUUUUGGAACAACGCCUUCAACUUCUAGCAGCAGCUCCUUUGAUCCAUCAGUGUUUGAUGGUCUAGGUGACCUUCUGAUGCCAACCAUGGCACCAACUGGGCAGCCUGCACCCAUCUCAAUGGUACCUCCUAGUCCUGUAGUGGCAGCAAGCAAACCUCUUGGGAGCGAUCUUGACUCGUCUCUUGCCAGCUUAGUAGGCAAUCUUGGGAUUUCUGGCACCACAUCCAAAAAGGGAGAUCUUCAGUGGAAUGCUGGAGAGAAAAAGUUGACUGGUGGUGCCAACUGGCAGCCGAAAGUGGCCCCAGCAACCUGGUCCACGGGAGUUCCAUCAAGUGCACCUUUGCAAGGAGCUGUACCUCCAACCAGUUCAGUCCCUCCUGGUGCUGGGGCUCCAACUGUUGGACAACCAGGAGCAGGGUUUGGAAUGCCUCCGGCUGGGACGGGCAUGCCCAUGAUGCCGCAGCAGCCAGUCAUGUUUGCACAGCCCAUGAUGAGGCCACCCUUUGGAGCUGCAGCUGUACCCGGCACCCAGCUUUCUCCAAGCCCUACACCUGCCACUCAGAGUCCCAAGAAACCUCCAGCAAAGGACCCAUUAGCGGAUCUUAACAUCAAGGAUUUCUUGUAAACAAUUUAAGCUGCAAUUUUUGUGACUGAAUAGGAAAAAAAAAUAAUGAGUUUGGAGACCAGAUAAGAUUGAUGCUCAGACUUACAAAGUGAGCCACCAGUACCAAACCCAAUGCUUACUCGUAACUCCUCUCCUGAAACGUGUAGCACAGCUGUGAAAGUGAACCUUAGGAAUGUGUACUCCCUUAGCUGUCCCCCCGACUCUCAGACUCGUAGUGUUUCUGGGUCAUUUGUGUGUUGUAUGACGUAAACAAUGAGUGGAUGUUUCUCAUGCCCUAGUGCUUUUCUGACCUCGCCCGUGGACGGAUGAUGCAACUGUUGUGUGGUGAGCCAUUUGGAAAGAUGUGUCUGUGUUUUCGAAGGUUUCAAUGUAUAUAUAACUUUUGGACAAACCUAAACUCUCCAUAAAUUCUCUUUUCUUCUGCAUCUCUGUUACAGGAAUAGUGUGAUCAUAUCAAAUAGUAAGGAAAACACUUAAAUAUACAAAACUUCUUUUGGUGUGGAAUACAUUUUUCCAAUCACAGGAACUUCAACUGUUGUGAGAAAUGUUUAUUUUUGUGGCACUGUAUAUGUUAAGAAAUUUUAUUUUAAAAAAUAUAAAGGUUAAUGUCCAUAAUAAAUAUUUCUCCUUGAAGCUACCUUAUCAAGAAUGAAAAAAAAUGUGAGAAUUCCCUAUUUAAUCACUGCUAUAUUAAAAUCUAUAUUUUAAUUAUAUUUGACAGGUUUUGCAUCUAAAUUGGCCUAUUUAUUCAUUCUUGAUUAAAUGCACUGAAAAGUCAAGGGUCUGUUUCUAUCAUGUCCAUACAAGUGCAAUUGGAGAUGUGCUAUUCAAGUGAUAUUAUGAAGGCACCCCAAAGUGUAUCUGUAAUUGAAAAAUUGCUGCAAAUAUUUGACUUUAUUGUGAAUUUUAUGUAUACCUGUUAAUUUAGUAUUUCUCUAUGUGUUCUGUAGACAAGUGUUCUUCCAUCCCUCAACCCAGCUCAAAGUAGGUUCUGUUGUACCAUUGUGAUUAGAAUUUAAACUGAUUCAGAAAAUUGUAUCCUUUACUGUACAUACUGUAUUCGUUACUUUUUAAUUUGUUGUCACACUGUCUGUGCUGAUGGCUUGGCUUAAGAUUUCAAUGCAUAAAUGAGGUCACUGUUGAUCAGUGUUGCUAGUGGCUUGGCAGCUCUUUGUAAAAGCAUAUUGGGUUGGAAAGGUGUUUGCCUAUUUUUCAAAUUAUUUAAUAGAUGUAUGGUACCAUUUUAAAGUGGUUGUAUCUGAAUUUAUUGUGGGGAUAACAUACACUGUAAUGGGGAAAAAUUACCUAAAACCAAUUUCAAAAUGGCUUUCUUUGUAUUUCAGUUUAAAAACCCAAUGCAUGUAUGCCCUCUGAGAUGCAAUAAACAUCUUGAACAAAGAAAAUGCAAACAUAA